CGCGGCGGCGCCGAUGCUGUCGGUGCCGGUGGCGGGCGCGGCGCGGGGCGCGGGCUCCCUGCCCCGCCGGCGCACCAUGUGCAGCGGCGUCGGCUGCUUCUGGGCGCUGCUCUCUGCCGGCCUCCUGGCUGCCUGCGCCGCCGCCUUCCUCUCCCCGGCCUGGCUCCUGCCGCCCGGCCGCGCCGCCGCCGGCUUUGGCUUGCUCUGGCGCUGCACCGGGCCGCCCCGCAGCUGUCACGGCUCCACCGGCCCCGGCGGCUUCGGAGACAUCCCCUCGGGCUCCUGGCAGACAAGUGCCGUGCUGUGUGCAGGUGGCUGUGCCCUGCUGGCCCUCAGCUCACUGCUGGCCAUCGUCGCUGUCCUGCUGCCUGGUGGAGCCUGUGAGAAGAGAGUCUGCACCCUAGCUGGCUACAUGCAGACAGCAGCAGUGUUCAUAAUGGCUUCUGGGCUUUUGGUUUACCCUUUUGGUUUCAACUCUGCUACUGUGAAGAGAUUCUGUGAGAAUUCAGACAUCUACUAUGCAGGAGACUGCCAGAUUGGAUGGGGGUAUAUGCUGGCAAUUGUUGGGGUCAUGUUGUCUGUCUUUUUACCAUUCUUUGCAAAAUAUGCACCAAAAGAGCACAUAUCUCCAACUCCAAUACCUACUAUUUUAUAGUAUUUUAUUACUGUUUAAGAACAGAACAUUCCUGUCUACAGGCAAUGGGCAGAAAUUCUUAUAGCACUUCCAUUUAGCUGUAUUGCUAAAGAGAAAAAAGGAGAUGGGGAAGAGAAGGUCAGAAUCACAAAGACCAAAAGUGCAUUGAUAGUCUUCCGUAAGUAUGAGCAGCGAACACUCUGGAAUUGAAGAUUAAUCAGCAGCUUUUAUACUGCUCUAAACAUACAGUGGCAUAAUGCCUUAGACAAAACCAAUCUGUUUAUCCUCAAAACAUCUGUCUACCUCCCAGUUUCUUUUGUGUCUCAAACUUGUAAGUCUUUUAAAAGUUUCAGUUCACUUUUUAUAUAUUAUUGUCAAAACUUUUAUGAACCCAGUAAUUUUAAAGUCAGUAAUGAUAUUUUGUUACAAUUAUUUUGAUUAGUGAAAAAGCACCUGCUAGGAGCCACGGCCUAAAAUUAAGCUGAAUAUCUAAAAGGAAUUGUAUACAAGAAAAAGAUUUCUUUUUAAUCUAUGUAUAUUACUAGAACCUGCAUAUUGCAAGUUGUCAGCACACUUUUUAAUACUUAUCUAAUAUUCAAGAUAUAGUCAUCUUCAUGAAGACCUGCAUAAAAUUUAAUUACAUUUUUUCAGAGAGAGAUAUCUGACUACUUCCAAAGGCUUCAUGAUGGUUUAAUAGUUUAACAAUAGGGAAAAAGAAUUUGUUUUCUGUAUUUCUUAAAUUAUCAUUUAGGUGAACUUUACAAAAUUAUUUGAACUAUUGUAACUGAAGAUUUGGGGUUUUGUUGUAUGCUUCUUAAGGCUGAAAAGAAAAAUCUGUUUAUGAAAAUGCCCGACGGCCCUUAUGUGUAAUGAAAAUACAAGCCAGAAUGAACUAGAUUCUAAUAUUUCCAUUUCUAUUAAGAGCCCACUAUUGUAAAAAACAACCCCAAAAGUGAAAUGCUACUGAACAUGAUUAAUAAGAAUCUCAUGCUGUGUCAGAAUCUGUAAAUGGCCAUAUUUCAUGAGUUUGUAUGUGAAUUUUGUGAAGUUUGAUUUUCACAAUAGCACUGAAUUCAUUACUAUCAAGCACUGAAAUAAGUGCACUUGAUUGCCUUAAGCAAAAGAAACAUUGGGUUCUAAUCUCACCCCACUGUUAGGUUUUUCAUUUAAAUUAAAAUCGAAUUCUAGUUCUAUGUUCAUUAUUUUCUAUUAUUUA